AAGUCCCUUUUUCCCACCCCCUUCGCUUCUCUUUUGAAACGCCAAAAAUGUUGAGAAAGCCCCUUCACUUUGAAACCAGAAACCAUGUCGUCACCAAGGAAGAUCAUCCUCCGGAGCUCUGACGGCGAGCCGUUUCAGGUCGACGAGGCCGUGGCUCUCGAGUCUCAGACGAUCAAACAUAUGAUUGAAGAUGACUGUGCUGAUAACGGCAUCCCAUUACCUAAUGUCACCAGCAGGAUCCUCGCUAAGGUUAUCGAGUACAGCAAGAAGCACGUGGAGUCCAGGCUCACCGAAGCUGCCAACAAUAAGAUUAAUCACCAGCUCAACAGUAACGCUGCUGCUGAGGAAGACCUCAAGAACUGGGACGCUGAGUUCGUGAAGGUCGACCAGGCCACUCUCUUUGACCUCAUUCUGGCUGCUAACUACCUGAACAUCAAAGGGCUGCUAGACCUUACCUGCCAGACCGUUGCAGAUAUGAUCAAGGGGAAGACACCUGAAGAGAUUCGCAGGACGUUCAACAUAAAAAAUGACUUCACCCCAGAUGAGGAGGAGGAGGUCCGUCGGGAGAACCAGUGGGCAUUUGAGUAAACUGGGUUCUUAUGAAUAUGUUUUAGUAAUAUGUCACUGGAUGCUUUUCUGUUUUGUUAGCUAGUAGUUCAAAUGCUUUCUCUGUGCCAUAGACUUAUAUAACAAACUUACAAACAUCUUAAGAUGUAAAUAAUAGUUCAAUCCAAUCCGGUCUAGCAGUGUUUGGACUUAAUGCGUUUCUGCUAAUCUGACCCAGGGAUUGUGCUGUUUGAUGAUUUCCUCUAGGAAAAAUGUUAAAUAUACUCUUUCUGAAAUGUUUGUUGCUUUAAUAACCCCUUCUAUAGUUGAAGGGGGUUUGAGGUUAUUAA